CUUUCGCCUUGUGUCCACGAUAUUAGAAAUCGCUUUGAGACGGAUAUAGAAUUGACCAACAGCAUUAAGUCAAUUCGCCGAAUUGUUCAAAGGCGAAUAGCCAAUUUCUUCUCCGUCUAAGAUCUCGGAACGAUUUCUAGCAUCACAGACACAAAGCUUUAGACCGACUCUAACUGCGAAUAAAACUUUCAUAUCUCUUCUGUCUGUGUCGAAUCCAUUAAGAUAAUAUUUUCAAUAUGGUUGUUUCCCAUCUCUAUAUAAUUGUGCAAUUUCCAUAAGAUAAUGUUGCGACUUUGCAACGUAUGACUUUGGUUUUGGCGGCACGGAAUACGUUAUCGAUAAACAUAUUAGACAUGCACUUUGGAUUUUACGACAAUCGAACAGUAAACGGAAUUUUCAAUAAGGAACCGAUACGUAACUUUAUGGUGACUGAAUUUCGCUUUUGUAAUAGUAGCAGCAAAAGAUAGAAGGCAGAAUGGGUGAUAUCGAACAGUUUUUCCAAGACUCGCAUUACAAUAUCAUACGGGUAUUAUUAAACAUCAGUGGUCUAUGGCCGUUUCAUACGCGAAACAGGCGCUACGCGACAUAUCUCGCAAUGAUACUGAUACUCGGAUCUGGAUUUAUAUUCGAGAUGUUAGGUACAAUCGAAGUCAGACACGAUUCCUUUGAAGUAAUUGAUGCUCUGCCGUUAUUAUUUUUUGCUAUAGUGACUGUAAGCAGAACGUUCUGUGCAGUAUAUACGUUACCAAAGAUGAAAAUACUUCUGAUCAAGAUGCAAGAACACUGUCUUUCCCCAAAGUCGGAUGAGGAAACCAAGAUACAGAAUUCGCACGCGCAAUACGGACGAAAAUUAGGCUACGCUUAUACGGGUUUUCUACUAGGCCAUAGCGUUCUUUAUAUACUUUCGACAGCUCUGACAAGACUUUUCUAUACAAAGUCAAAAGAAGAUGAUGGAACAUCAGAUAAUGUACAAAUAGGACUACCUCAUCGGGUCAAUUAUAUGGUUGAUUUAGACAAAUAUUACGUUCCGAUUUUUAUACACUGCGCUAUAUGUGAUUUUUCUUUCACAUUCUUACUAGUUGUAUUCGAUGUUCUGUAUCUAACAGUGGUCGAAUACUGCUGCGGUUUGUUCGCGGCUUUGAGAUAUCGGUUGGAGACCGCGUUAGUUUUCAAAAACGACAGAUUGACGAUGACGACUACGAAUGAUCAAUGUUACGCGAAUAUCGUGUAUAGUGUUCGCAGACACACGGAAACGAUGCAAUUUGUUGCCAUUAUGGAAUCAAUAUACAGCUUACCACUUUUUAUACAUAUUGGAUUGACCGUACUGAUCUUAAGUGUUCUGGGAUAUCAGGUGAUAAGCAACACGGAAGACAUUAGUGCCAUUCUAAAACCAAUUGCUUAUUUAAACGGACUUUUAAUUAACGUAUUUUUCGAAAAUUGGCAGGGUCAAAAAAUCAUAGAUUCCAGCGAAAAAGUGUUUGAAUCUGCGUAUAACUCAGAAUGGUACAGUAUGCCGAUAGCAGCGAGAAAGCUUCUUAUAAUGAUAAUGAUGAGAAGUGAAAGACCAUCGGUACUAAGAAUGGGUAAAAUCGUUAUAUUGUCAUUUGUAACUUUUAAUGCGGUAUUGCGUACAUCUUCGUCGUACUUCAUGCUACUACGAUCUUUAUAAUGAAAAUUUUGAAUACAAUUAGUGAUAUUUACAUAUUACCAUUCAUCACACUCUAGUAUAAUAGAAAUGAGAUCUUAUAAGAUCGCACAUUCAUAGAACAACUUUCCUUCCAGUGCUCUUUUUAUGUGGAAAUUUUAAUAAAAUUAAAAAAAAAAUUUUUUUUAGCCUCUAAAAUGUAAAGGAAAAUCCUUUAAAAUAGAGAAUCCACGUCAAUCUGUUAAAAACAAUCAUAUAAAAUAUUUUUUAUCGGUGUAAAAAAUACUUUUGAUUCAGUUGCUGUUAUUAUUAAAAAAACUUUGCAUGUGCUAAAGUUUCAAUAAAUAAAUUAUAAAUAUUUAAUGAUAAUCUAUAACAAACAAAUACAUGUAUAUACUUCGUAUAAAAAGUUUUUGGCUCUAGUAUUUGUAUAUUGUAUGCUAUGAAUGUGCAAUAUAAAAAAGAUAUGCAAAAAAUCGCGGAACAUAAAAAUACAUUUCAAGGAAAUGGAAUUUCAAGCCGUCAAUAUUUUUUAUACAUGUAUAUAUAAUCAUCUGAUUUAUCUCGUGAAGUAUCGUGAACCAUUAGUAAUUCCGAAAUUAUGUAUAGAUGUGUGGAGAACAGAAGAAGAAAGUAAUCGAUUAUAACACACGCCUGUAGACAUUGACGUAAGUUAAAACAUAUAACUAUCCAAUAAAUUUAAUUCAAAUCGUGCAAAUAUUGUAUACAAAAAAAAAAAUAAUUAUAUUACGAAAUAUUUUCAUUUAACACACAUAAUAACACGGCUUUUGGCUCAAUUUACCGAAGUAAACGAUAUAAGGCAGCUCUUGAAUACGAUAAUACUGAGAAGCACUUAACUACGAAGCAUGCUGAUUGUUGGGAAAGGUCAUAAUUCUCUCUCUUCCAAGCUUCUUCAAUGCAAUAAGAUUUGUCAUAAUUUCCUUUGCGAUCAUUUCCUUAUUUUCCGAUCAGUUUUCUUCUUUUUAGAUACAUCCAUCUGUUUCGCAUUUCAAUCUCGGGAUCUAGAAUACCGUGAUCUAGAAUUUUCAAAAUUUUUUUCUGAAUAAUGUAAAAAUUAUUAACAAUAAUAUAAAUAUAAUAUAGGGCCUGAGAGCCGCCUUAAUAAAAGUUACUUUAAAUAAGUCAAAACAAUUUGUGUGUGUGUAAAAAAAAAAUUUGAUAUAUAAAUAAUCAAAUAAACACAUUCUUUAUGUAAA